AUGAUCCGCAUCAGUCGCACAUUCAGAAAACCACUAUUAGAAACAGCAGUCUCAAUUGCGCGACGCCAGACAUUCUCAACACGCACAUUUCUGAACCGAGGGUCAUCGUCAGAGUCAGCCAAAAUGAGUUGGAUGGACAGUUGGAGUCGGCCGUCCAAAUCCCAAGCAGUGCCAGCGCCUUUUUAUCUACUGCCAGGAGGAGAAGCUACGCCCUACUGCCAUUCAUGCGGAAGAGUUAUCAGUACCCGAAAGACUACAGCUACAGCGAACACCAAUACGCCAGCUAAAUACUGCUCUCAUCGAUGUCGCACUCAAAAGCCCGGAAAGCUAGACCGUGAGCUUGAGAAGGCAUUUGUGAAAUUACUAGGUGCGGAGGAGAGUGCAACUGCAGAGAAGAAGCAUACGAAGGGAGCAGGGAAGCAUAAGAAGGGCAAGAACAGUAAGGGCGAUAAUAGGAUCUUGGUAUCAUGCAGUGCAGCGGAAGAACUCGUCUUUGGACCAAACCGGACAUCGAUGGAAGAAGAACACGAAGAAACUCACAGCGAAGAUGAAACACCUCAAGCAUCAGAGCCCGUCCAAGCACCGUCCGAGCCACGAACUUCUGAAGAAGACAUCCCCCUCACAGACGAUCUCAAAAAUGACAAUCAAAUCGACGGCGACGUUUUGGCCCGCAUGUCCGUCCGCAGCGGCACGCGCAUCCGCCCAGCUCAAGCUGUGUCUGAAGUCAACGGCAGCGUAGGCGGCGAAAAGGGUCGCGCUGAACGAAUUCACGAAACGGAUGAGAUGUUGGAGAAGCGUAGACAGGGACAGAAGAGAGCGAGGGAGAAGGAGAUGACAAAGUGUGCUGCAAGACGGGGUGUUGUUUUUGGAUUCGCUGUGGGUGAGGAUGGUGAGAAGAAGAUGUGUGAGGCUGUUAUGUCGGGGAAGGUCGUUGAGCCGAGCUUUGCAAAGGGAGAUUGGGCGAUACGUUGGAGGGAGUAA